CACGGCCCCAAGAUUCCGCUGGGCUAGAGGGUGGAGGCAGCCAUAUUGAGAACUUCCGGAAUCGCCAGAUCCCACUGAAAACGCCGUAACUCAAGUGCAAGCAAGCCAAAGUUCUACCAGAGACUCGCCUCCCCAACAGCCACAGAAUGACUACCAUGAAUCCAGAGUACGACUAUUUAUUUAAGCUUCUCCUCAUCGGCGAUUCAGGAGUGGGCAAGUCCUGUCUGCUGCUCAGGUUUGCGGACGACACCUACACGGAAAGUUACAUCAGCACAAUUGGUGUGGACUUUAAAAUAAGGACGAUAGAACUAGAAGGAAAGACCAUCAAGUUGCAGAUUUGGGACACGGCGGGGCAGGAGCGGUUCCGUACCAUCACGUCCAGCUACUAUCGGGGGGCACAUGGCAUCAUUGUUGCCUACGACGUCACAGAUCAGGAGUCAUUCAACAAUGUCAAGCAGUGGCUUCAGGAAAUUGACCGCUACGCCUGCGAGAAUGUCAACAAGCUCCUGGUCGGUAACAAGUGCGACCUCACGACAAAGAAGGUGGUUGACUACACGACAGCGAAGGAGUUCGCGGACCAGCUGGGCAUUCCCUUCCUAGAGACGAGCGCCAAGAAUGCCACAAACGUGGAGCAGGCAUUCAUGACAAUGGCGGCAGAGAUCAAGAACCGCAUGGGCCCCCCGACCACGGAGGCAAACCUGCGGUCCGGCGACGGCAAGAUCAACCCGGGAACGCCCGUCCAGCCUCGCAGCUCUGGAUGCUGCUAAUUCCGAAGACAAACCCCCCCCUUCCCCCUUUCCCCUUCUACACCUAAUUCCCACAGUUCCAGAAAGACCUCCCAGCCUCCUCCUCCUCCUUGUCUCUUGCUCCCCCUCCCUUCAUCUCGUCCUCCAGCGAGGGAGGCAACAAGGACGUACACACAUAACACAAGACACUACACACGAGUGGGCACACUCACACCAAGAAGGCUGCAGCUGCCACUGGGACGUGCGAAGAGGAGAGCAGGAGCAGCGACAACUGGUCCGCGUGUUCGCUGGCCGCGCCCACUUUCCUUCCCCUGCUGCUUUCUGUGUAGACUCUCUUCUCCCCUGUUCCCUUUUUCUUGUUGGAGAAUGUUGGCACACAGUGACCCGUGUUCCUCCCGUCUCUUUCCCUUGCGUUUUUGGACCGCUCCAAAAAAGAACCUCUUGCACUCGGUGCAUCUACAGUGUGACCCUGUCUACAUGCAGAGCUCUUCUUCUGCUGCCUAUGUACAGCUUCACUGUGCAGUCCCUGCCGUCUUUAGGUUUGAUGCCAUGAUCGGUCUCCUGUCCCUCCUAUAUUGGCUGCCUUUUUUUUUUAAUAUAAAGUGAACUGUUCUUGUGUACGUAUGUUAAUAUGUUACUUUGUCAUUUGCCAUAUGCCUGUGACCUCGCUCUGACACAUCGCCCACAUUUUCCUGAACUCUUGUGGGCUUGCAAGUUCAAGCCAAGGUUGUUUUUACAUUCUGUUUGAGUCUAAGGUGAUGAACUUAGCUGGUCACCGGCUUGAUGUUUGGAUUAUUCCUUGCGUUUUGUUGGUCCUCUCCGCACCAUGCAAUUCGAGUUGCUGCUCAAAGUAAGGCGAAAGGCUCAUUGUGAAUGUAUGCCUUAAACUGUUUGUUGUCUGAGCCAUUAAAGUGUUUCACAUGCAUGGUCCACCAAGAACUUGUGAAUUGUGAGAGUGCUCUAGCUAACAUGUGUCUCACAUAAGUAAUAUCACCAACUCUUCCUUGGAAAGCAGUAGAGGGGAGGGACUCGGGGGUACAGUUAACAUUCUGUAGCCAUGCAGUUUGCAUUCUGACAUUUUUCAAAAGUGCAGGGAAACUUGGUGCAGAAGUGCAGCAGUGGUUAGUUUGCUAGAUCAAAUGUUUUGUACUGAGCAGUCGUGAGACAUUGGAAGUGCUAGUGUGCACAUUUUUGUAUGUGGCGGUUGAGGAGUUGGUAUGGACCUUGGUUGGGGGAGGCUACAAGGGGAGAGAAGUGUGCACAUUUGGAGGCGUUGGGUAUGCAGUGUUGGGGAACUGGGCAUGCACCUUUGGGUUUUCAAAUUACGGGCUACGAAUGGAUUGGCGUCAACCCAAAGCCAAUCCUUGUCCUACGAUGAUCAUUCUUUGGACGGGCCACGGUGCAGCGCCCCGGGUCUUGCUCUAUUUUUUAAUCUGCCGUAGCAUUCCACACAUACACAAACAUGUCAAGCAGGGACUUCGUGAACUUGCAGAGUCGGAGGCUGGGAACUUUCGUACGGCCGUGUUGAACCUUGCGGGAACGUGGCAUGACGUUGCAGCAGGUACACGGACGGUGCGUGUGCUGUUUCCCCCCGCAGCAGAAGCAGCGAAAUCGGACUAAUGGCUGGCGACAAUAACAAAGCGCACUAUUCACUUUGGCUUGUGCCGCUGCCUGGUUUGUCGAGGCUGGGGUUUUUUUUCUGCCGGCAUGCGCUGGUCACGCUGGUCCGAGUCGUGAAGGGCUGUCUUCUAUUAGCAAUUUCUUCUUUUUUUUUUCUGUUGGAAUGCCUGUAUUACUGCUUUACAUUUAUAUAUAUAUAUUAUAUGCUGUAUAUGGCAAUGACCACCUCCACAUGUAAAUAAGAAAGGCGUAGGCUGUCUGUUGUGAGCUCUGUUCCCUCUCCCAGAGUUUGUGCUGGUUUUUAAUGCAGUUUUUGUUUUACUCCUUGAUAUGUUUUGUCUUCUUUGAUUGCAAGGUUGUUCAGUGACCAGCCGAGGACUGGAGUUCUGCUGCAACUUUUGUUCUCGAAAGGGGUUUAACCGUCCUGCCAAAUUCAGAAGAGGCAAGGAAGUUAGCGAGGUGCCGAGUGUAUGUUGCUAGGAGUGGCACUUUUUUUUUUUUUUGUAUGCAUGCGUUGCGUGGUGUUACCGCCUUAGCCGAAGGAAGAAAAGGUUUUGUUUCUACAGUUGUGGCACUUUGCCACUAGCAUUAUUUUAAUUUUUUUUGUCAUUGCAACUGUGGGGUUGAUGGGGUUGCGAGACUUGCCUGUGAGCUUUCCUCGCGGUCACUGUGUGAGCGAGGAUAUUUUUUCUUUUCUUCCUGUUCCUCGGGACGCUUCCGUGCUCGGCCAGUCGAACGUGAGAGGUGUACGAUUUAGUGUAUAUUUGAAGCGUAUUAAAAGAAAUCUCUUUGUUGGGC